CUUGAUGAUAAAACAAAAUACGCAAAGCAGAAGAUGAUAUACACGUCAGGAGAUAUCUUGGGUUUUGAUUUCGAAUUCGACGGUGAAAGUUUACGCUCACAGAUCACAAGAGCUCACUAAAGCUGAAAGUCAAAAGGUGAAUCCUGUAACAAUGUCGGACGCAGAGGUUAACUCCGUGUGUAGUCGCAGUCGCCACCGUAUCAUCGUAGGGGUCCUAGCAGCCGUAUCAGUAUGUGGGGUUGCGGGAGUCGUUUUGGCCAUUUACUUUGCAACCGGCAACAGCACACAUGAUAGCUCUGGAAAGACAUUGGCAUGGAAAGAAGACGAUGCUGUUAUCCCUACAGAGGAGCCAUUUGGCGAAAUUAAAGAUGGAAGAAAAGUAAAAAGAUUUACUUUUACCAACAAGAACAAUAUCACGGUGCGCAUCAUCAGCUAUGGAGCAACAAUUACCGAUAUCCUGAUGCCGGAUAAAAACGGAGUAAUUCUUGAUAUUAGUUUGGGAUUUGACACUGCUGCUGAAUAUGAAGAUAGACACACGAAAAUUGGGGCUGCUCUCGGUCGGAUAACAGAACGCCUAAAAGGCGCCAAAUUCACCAUAGACGGAGUGGAGUACAAUGUCUCGGCCAACGAAGGACAAAAUCAAGUCCAUGGGGGCUUCUAUGGCUUCGAUUCUAAAUUAUUUGACGCCAAGAUAAAAGGGAACAAAGUGGAGAUGACGUACGUGAGUCCGGAUGGGGAAGAGGGGUUUCCUGGAGAGCUGACCUCCGUCAUUUCAUUUCAACUCACAAAUGAAAACGAACUAAUUCUAGAUUACAGGGCGACAACAACAAAAGCGACCCCUAUCAACCUUUCUAAUCACGUCUACUUCAAUCUGGAGGGUCAUAAAGCUGGCAAAAAUGGCGACCAUCUGAUAUCAGUUUUUUCUGAUACAUAUGUUCCAAUUGAUGAAGCUCUUCUUCCAAAGGGAGAUGGCGAACUGGCAACAGUCAACGGAACCAUAUUUGAUUUUCAAAAUCCAACACUUGUGAGGAAAGUUAUUAAUGAUUUCAUAGUUUCUUGCUAUUCUUUUGGAGAUCGAGGAACUAGGAAACAUGUUGCAAGACUUGAAAAUCCUACAAAUGGUCGUUACAUUGAUGUUUUCACAACAGAACCCGGAUUAGAUGUGUAUUUCUCAUCCCGUAUGAAGCCAAACUUGUAUGGGAAAGAUGGAGCGAUGUACGGUCCUUUCGAGGACGGCGGGGUCUGUCUAAUUCCAAUGCAGCUCCCAAGCGGGGUUAAUAUGCCUAAUUUUCCGGAUACCAUUCUACGACCUGAAGAAAUUUAUACACAGAGAACAAUUUAUAAAUUUGGUGUGAAAUGAUUAUUUUUUUUUUAAGAAUGAUCCAUGCUCAUCAAUCAAAUAUCAUUUAUUAAAAAAAAUACUAUCAUGUUGAAUUUAAUUCAACGGUAUUAUCUGUGUACACCGAUUGUUCUAUAACUACUAGAUAGAAGUAUCAAAUGAUUGAAAAUACUCAUUCGUUUAUAGAAUCUUUUUCUAACUUUACAAAUAAGUAAUUUAACAAUGUUUCUGCAACGGUUUUGGUAAGCUCAAGUGAAAAAAAUGGUGAGUAGAUGUUAGACUUUCUCAAGUCUCUUUUUUUUUAAUGUUUCUAUAUUUUUUUAAAAUUUUUACUGUGGUUCAGAAAUUCUAAUUUCUGCUCUUUACGAUAUAUAUAAAUAACACUUAUCUAAAAUGA